UUGUACAAUUAUUGAGGGUGGAAUAUUUCUUUAUGUUUGGUGUAAUGCACGUAUGUCUGUAGUCUAUGAUAGCCUAAAAUAUAAUGGUACAGUAUAAUAAUAAUUUUUGAUCCAGUUACGCGAGGUUUUGAAGGGCUCUGGCGUGCUGCCACCCUCGUUUAUCUGACGUCACUGACUUCGCCAUCUUGAAUUUCUGAGAUCUGUACGUUUUUCCCGAGAGUAAGCGAAAAUUGUCAACAUUUUCUGUGGAUCAUAAAUGGGCUAUCGCUGAACGACGACGUGAAAAUGUCGGAUGCAGAUUUGCUCACCGCUGAAUCGAAAAAUAGCGGGCUCGAACUUUACUUGUCAGGUUAGACUGUCAUCCAGUUUUUUUUCGUUGGACGAAAGAAAUUCCGUUCUAUGACUCUACAUAUAAUUUCGCCAGACAUCCAAUAUUUGGCAGCAAGUUGCUUUACGUCAUAAUAAUGACAAAUUACAAUGGAAAUAGAAUUUUUGUAGAAUGGUUAAACGAUAUAUCACGUCAUAUACAUAUACUUACGACACGUGAUGAUCAACUCUUGUAAUAUUUGUGGUCAGAGUCAUGAUACACACGACUGCCCUUUUUUACUCGAUUUGCAUUAUGUUACUGAUAUGCCAGUACUGUCUCGUGCAAGACAAACUCUUCCCAAAGAUUUGGAAAUUACUCGAAUGGCAGAUGGUUCAACCACAGUAAUCACAAAUGUUGAUCUUCCAAGAGGCACAACCUUCGGUCCUCUGUGUGCUAAAAGAAACUGGACAAUGAAUCCACUAACCAAUUUUCCAAUCAGAGUAUUUGGAAAUAUAGCUGCUGAAACGUAUCAUUUGGAUUGCUCAAAUGAGAACAAUUCCAAUUGGAUGCGUUUUAUUGUUCCUGCAUCUAAUGCAAAGGAACAAAAUCUUAUUUGCUAUCAGGUGAAGCAAGAUAUAUUUUAUACCGCCAUGUGUAUGAUUCCAAAUGGUGAAGAAUUGCGGGUUUGGUAUGCACCAUAUUAUGCACUGAAAAUGAAAAUGCCGUUAUACAAUAUGGAUUUUGCAAACAUCAGUGCUACUCUACCAGAUUCAGAUAUGCAGCAAAUCGUCAAAGCUAAAUCUGAUGGAGACCAAAUAGGAUUAUUAAACAAAGAUGUUGCGCAAGAAUUAGCAGAGAAACUGCCAGCUCAACAUUUGGGGGCUCGCGAUGAUAAAGCAAGAUGGAACUGCAGAAUAUGUUCAACAGUUAUUUGCUCAGUUGUUUUAUAUGCCAAACAUUUAAUGGAACAUUAUAAACCAUUACUUGGGGUUUAUUGUAAUAUGUGCAAUAAGAAAUUUAACAAUGUUUCAGCUUUAGAGCGGCAUAAAAACAUGAAGCACCCAGAGGAAACAUCAAACGAAGGAGUUAUCGGUAUUCCAACUUCUGAAAGUCAACAACAACAAAAUGCACAGACAAUAUUUCUUAAUAUGAACGAUUCCGACGGUCAAACAUCAGAUGCCAUGAGAGACAUUUUAGAAAAAUUUAAAGCUGGAAAGGCUAUAACGGAAAAUAGUCUGUAUUUGUCUUCAUUACCAAAUGAUAAAGAGCAUCAUGCUGAUCUUCCACUGUUGGAUACGAAUUCUAUAAUUGUUAACGAUUUACUGCAAAAUAAUGGAUCUCUUAUUGAAAAUUCUUCUCUAAAAUCAAUUUUAGAAAAUCAGUGUCUUAAUAUGAAUCUCGGAUUGAAUAGUAUUGCAGAUUCAAUGCUAUCAGAAAAUAUAUCUGCUGUUGAUUCUGUUAAAUUUAAUGUUGAAGAAUUAGCAUCGGAGCUUUUGGAUAUUGUUCCAGAUGUUGACAAUAUCAACAAAAAGAUAGAUAAUUUGGAAUGUGACAUUUGUGACAAAAAGUUUGAGAAAGUGGAUUACCUCUAUCGUCAUUUAAGAAAACAUACUGGCGAAUUUAUUUGUCCUUCCUGUUUGGCUGUUUUCGCUCGAAAAGAAAAUCUGCUUUCACAUACGUGUUUUUCAAAAAAAUUAGACUAUCAUUAUGAGUGCCCAUAUUGUCAAAAACCAUUUAUGUUAAAAAAAUAUUUAAAGAGACAUAUGGUGAAACACACAGAAUGGAAUAAUUGUAGAUGGUGCCAUCAUGCGUUUACUUCACAAUCGGAAUUACAAGAACAUAAAUGUCUGGCACCAAAACAUGUAUGUCUGCAGUGUGGAAAACGUUUCGUGCACAGAGCACAUUUAAAUCGCCAUGUCAAGCUUCAUAAUGAUCCAAAACCGGUCACGAAACGAAUCAGAAAGAAGCAACCAGAUAAACCAGUCAUUUGUGAAAAGUGCGGGGAUGUUUUUAAAAAUCCUUACAGUUUAAAACAACAUUUACGUUCUCAUGGAGAAAGAAUGUUUGAAUGUGAUGUAUGUCACAGACGCUUUCAUCGUGUAGGAGUAUUAAAAGAACAUAAAACUAUACAUCAAAGUGCGCAAAUUCCAUGCAAUAUUUGCGGGAAAAAAUUGAAAAGUAAAAAAGCUUUAGACAUUCACAUGCUCCUUCAUGGGAACAAGAAAUAUCAGUGUGACAAGUGUGAUAAG